GAUUUCGUCUUGUUAAUUGGCUGGAAAGACGGAAAGGCUCAAUUUAAAUUGAAGACCAGAGCAUAUUAUGCCCGAAAAAAUAUCGUCAAACUCCGGCCCCCCGCCUUUGUAUUUAUAACCAAUACUUUUUUGGCUGGCAAACAUUAUUUUUUUUAA